UUUUCUAAAAAAAAAAAAAAAAAAAAAAAGUCAAAGAGUUUAUUGGAAUAAAGUGCAGAUGCCGUCCCCAGAAACCAAUACCCUGGCAGACCCCGUGGUCACUGUUCUCGGCCGAGAUCCGCCCCGCCGGAAGUGUUUGCUCAAUGGCGCCGCUUUUCAACAGGAUGCCGUGGUCUCCCUCGCCGGCUGGCAAUAUGCCGUCUUUUACAGCCCCCUGCCCGGAUCCGAAGAGCCCGUAUUUGUGCACGUGGCCCGCCGCAAACUCCCGGCGAACACCUGGGAGGUUUUAGUUCUUCAGGACUACCCGCAGACAGUUGACGACGGACAUAAUACUGUGCAGAUGGGCAUCUGUGUAGGGGACGGUACUAUUCACCUUUCAUAUGACCACCACUGCGAUGUACCUGAAAGUCUAAGAUACCGCCACUCGGUACAAGGUCUGGCCACAAACCCAGACCAGUUCACCUGGAGCGCAGACCUAUUCACCCCAACUUUAGACCACCUGCCGGGCCUGCCAAGAACCCACGAGCACUUCGGCUACGUCACGUACCCGCGCUUCAUCAACUCGGGUCGCGGCCAGGACAUGCUAAUGUCUUUCCGGACCGGCAAGGCCGGGCUGGGUGAUGACCAUCUGUACGUGUACCGCGCCGCGGCUGCGCGUUUCGAACUUGUCGGUACCCACCUUGUAGGUGUGCAGAGCAACCCUUAUGUGCAUGGCAUGGACAUCGAUGACCGGAAUGGCCGCCUGCACGUCACGUGGGUCUACCGCGGCUUCGUUCACUACGAAGGCUGGGAUGACCCACUUGAUACCAAGCACAAGCAGCAGGCGGGACCUAACGGGGCCGAAAAUAAUCACAACCUCUGCUAUGCGUACAGCGAUGACUGUGGACGAACCUGGCGUAACACACACGAUCAGAUCGUGGCAGAUUUGGGAAAUGACAAGGGGGCCGGGGUCAGGCCGGACGCGGUUGGGUUGGUGGUUUUUGAGAUUCCCAAGGGGUCUGGCUUGACGAAUCAGGAAAGCCAGGCGGUUGAUCCAGAUGGGGGCGUCCAUGUUUUGAAUAGAACGUGCGACCCUGGCUCUAGCCAUGCAGAAUGGCGCCAUUUCUACAGAGAACAUGAGAAAGGAAAAUGGCAACAAAACUCGAUUGGGAUGGCUGCGGAUGGUAGACGCGGAAGGCUUGCAGUCAGCCAGUCUGGCGAUCUUUUAAUUAUCCUCCCGGAUUCGAACACUCCAGGUCUAACAAUCCUGAGGGCACUCAAGACCCACGGCUAUGCCAAGUACCAGCGCAUAUGGCAGGGCGGUGGCCUAUCAGGGGAGCCCUUAGCCGACAUUCGAAGGCUGAACAACGGCGACGGAGUGCUGUCCGUGUUUACGAGGCGAUUUCGAGAUUAUGAGAAGGAAGUGGUCGUCCUGGACUUUGAGCUACCAUAAUUACGCAGCUUUGUGGCUGUAGGUCGUGUGAGACAAGACGCCGCGCUGUGGAAACGCGUAUGUGCCGGCGGUGUGCUACCAAGGGCUCCAAACAAAGAGUCAAUGUCGAGUCGCAGAGACCGAUGUCUAGGAUGUAGAAACGACCUCUGCAUGCGGAAAUCCACAGAGGAGCAUUGUUCGGGGCUACUCAGACUCCCCGCAGAGCCAUGGCUCCUAGGAUCAACAUUUCAGACUCCUUCCUCUUGGUGUCCUCAUCCUUAAGACCGGCAAGUGCAGGAGCAGCAUUAAGCUUGUAGUACUUCCGCACCUUGGCCCAAUCAGUCAGAGGACUGAUGCUUUCGUCUGUGAAUGGCAGCGCAGUGCCUUGAAUGUUGGCACAGAGGUGUGCCCAAACAUCCUCAGGCGAAGGCGCGGCAUCUUUUGCCUCCUCGGCUGGAAAGAGGACCUUGAGAACGAUGACAUCCUUGGUAGUAGGUGAGAUACCGAAUCUCCUGUAAGCUUCUGUGAUCUACAUAUACCUCACCCGCAUUGUCAGCUCUGUCUUCAAGACCGCAACGAAGUCGACGUAAGUGGAGGCCAAACGCACAUUGUUUGAGGGGCUAAGACA